AUGGAAAACCUCGCAUCGCUAUCCGAUGUGAGUCUCACAGCGGAGUCGGCUCAGCUUGUGAAAAUCCUUCUGAAGAGACGCACUGUCACCGGGGACCAGGAGGGAAGCCCUGUGACGAGGCGUGUGGACUGGGUGUCGAGCGAGGACUUCACGGUCGACGAGGGGGAGAGACAGGUCGGGGAGUACAUCCGAACCUGGGAGCUGCCGCCCCACUGGCUCCACAGCCUGUAUUUCCUCUGCACGACCGAGGAGCAGCAUCACACCUUCCACCACUACCAGGCCCGCUUCAGCGGCCCGACGGCAGGGAGGCCGAUCCAGGGGACGGCUUCAGUCUUCUUCGUCAUGUGCGCGUCUAAGGUGGAAGCCCGGGAUCAGCCCGUGGAAGUGGGCUUCUUGGUGGAGUCCAACACGCUGGUGCACACGCCCGGAGCCACCAGGUUCACAGAGACGUGGCUGGCGGAUGUGAUCGAGAGCAAGGCUGCGCUGCGACAUGCGACAAAUACACCUUGAUCAGCCCCGAGAGCCACAUCCAGCUAGCACGUGUUAGCUAAGACGAAAACUCUGUUGAAAUGAUAAGGACUAGUUAGCUGCCAUAGCUUCUGAAUCGUGUCCCUCGCGUUUACUGCACCGUCAAAUGUUAGCGAGCUUCCCAGCGGUUUCCCAGCAACCGUAUUCAUGGACAGACACAUUUUAGAUUUACGUAUAAGCUUAUUUAAAUGAUGACACCUCUCGAGCGUGAUGUUUGGAGGCUAGCCUGCUAACCACACGGCUAAACGUUUACUAGCCACAUGCUAAUUGGCCGCUGCUAGCCUCGUGAAUGAAUGCGGUGUUUUCUACGCAAAAUCACGCGUGAAACUACACAAGUCUUCUUCUUACCUUUCACGACACAGACCGCAGCUGAAAUGUUUCAUUCUAUGAGGUGCUGGACGGAGAAAAUAAACAGGAACUAGACGGGAAGUGACGCGAUAGGUCUGUUUUAAGGGGCGAUGUUUUAUUUCUGCCACUAGAUGUCGACAAACACCUGUAAAAUUAACUGAAAAUAUUUCUAUUAAAAAUAAUCUGAGCCCAUGAA